AUUGUAACUAUAACUGUCAUCUAACAGUCAAGGGUGGUUGCUCUAUUAGAAUUUGGAUUUACGACUUAUUUGAUUUCUCCGAGUUACUGCAGUGAAAUUCUGGCGGUCUAUACAACUGAGCAAAUUUGUCACUAAUGAGAGUGAAUGAGAGAGCACUCUGAAACUGAACAGUAGCUCACAACGCAUGGCGGAGAAAUACGACAAAAAUUUCAGGACAGAUGAGAACCGUAAAUACUCGAAUCAUUACAUAUGUAUUAUAUUGGUCCGAGUAUACUGACACAUGUAAGAAAUAGUAUAUUCUCAUUUUAGCAUUUGAAAAUUGAUGCUUUAUUUCAGUUUUAAAUAUUUUUUUCGAUUAUUAUUGAUUGUGUAAAGGUUUUGAAUUGGUAUGCUUUUACCUAACAUUCAUGCCUCUGUAAAAAAAAAUUUCUGUCAAGUAAUCAAGUGUUAUCGAAAAGAACAGAAUUGUUAAUAAAAUGACAGAAAAAUGUCAUGAAAUUAAUAUGGAUAACAGGUGUCGUAUUUGUUUAAAUGACGGAAACAGUAUGAUGGAUAUCUUUAUACCCGAAAUAUUAAUGAAAAUAAAAGAAUUUACAGCGUCAAUAUCUAUUAUCAUCGAUGACAAUGAUAAUUUACCAAAAAACAUUUGUCACAUUUGUCUCUAUAAAUUAGAUAUGUGUCAUGAGUUUAAACAACAAUUAUUAAAUUCAAACAAAUUAUUGAAAAAUUUAUUAAAGCGUCGUGAUUUGUCUAACGCUGAGAAAAAUACUGUUGUAAUCAAUAGUAAUGACGGUGAAGACCUGAUAAGUGACCGUGAUCUAACACAAUUGGGCAAUGCAUUACCACAAAUCGAUUGCCACCCACUUGAAGCAUCUACAUCUGCGGUUACAAACAACGAAAACCUUGAAACCGAGACUCAGUCCGUAUUUGCAUCGACAGUGAUGAAAAAUAAAGUAGGAAAUUCUUCCGAAGGACAACAAACAAAAUUGUCACCAAUGAAAACUCGACAGCUCGGCGUACGACGUACUAAUGAACAACGAAUGGCAUCAACUCAACGUUGGGUAGCUAGAAAGCGAGCAUUAUUAGCUGCUACUGGUGAAAAUGAUUCUGAUACAGAUUCUAUAAAUUCUGAUGCAACGUUGAAAUUAUUGCCGUUAAAGAGACCGCGUAAAUCUCUUCAUUACAUUGACAAUGAAAAUAAUCAGUUUAAAUCGCAAUCUGUGCAGUCUGAAUUAGUGAUGGGUGAUGCUAUAUUUGUUGUAACAUCAACAUUAUGCUUAUCUGAAUCACCAUAUUUUAAUCAGUUUUCAAAUAAUAUGAAAUUAUCGUUAAGUCGUAAAAAUAAUAUUGUAACUCAUGAACAACAAAACAUGGACAUUAUAAAUGCUCUGCAACUUCGUCGCAUUAACUCAUCAAAUAAAGAUUUAAUGUAUGAUAGAAAAUUUCUAGAGCGAUGUUUGAAUAUUGAAGUUGAAGGUACUGAAUUAGAAACACUACAACGUAUACAGUUUGAACUAGCAUCAUUCGUCGAAAGUGAUAUAAAAAAGAAAUUGAUUGAUGAAGAUGAUCUUUGUGAAAAGACUGAUAAAACAGAUAUUAAACCACAAGAUUCACUUCAAUCUUUAGAAGAACAGUUGAAAAUGAUUGUUGAGAAAGCUAUUAAAAAAAAUUUAAAUAGAUCUCAAGGAAUUAAAUGUACGAAAAUGAAUCAAACUACUGAAUUUCAUAGCAAUAAAACAUUUUCUGCCGCAUUUAUUAAAGCUGCCAUGAAUUCACAAAUUUUCCAACCAAAAGUUGUCUUGAAUCGCCUUGAUUUAAAAUUUAUAUCUUUUGUAGAAAACAAUAAAAACAUGUACAAGUUGACAAAACAACCGUUAACAGAUUUUAGUUGUUUCGAAAAUCAAGUAUCCAACAAUAAGAGUAAUAACCGUAACUAUGAAUCCAACGCUGAAAUAUUAAAAACUCACAACAGAAGUAUGAAAAAAUUGCAAAGACAUAAUAGUGAAGUAACAAAUCUACGUAACGAUAAUUUACUCGAAAAAAGACAUAUUUGUGGAGCUUGUGGUAUGUCAUUUAAUAGUAAAUUACAAGUAGAAGAGCAUUUUAUUGUUCAUAAAAAAAAACAAAUGCUAUUACAAAAAUCUAAGAAAAAAAUGAUGCGGUGUAAAAAAUGUCAUCAAAUUGUAGAAGCUGAUUUCGUUAAAACACACAUUUGUGAGUCAUUACUAUCUAAACAUUAUUUCAAAUGUCAUAAAUGUAAUACUAUAUUUCGUACUAAAGACUUAUUGUUAGAGCAUCAAAAAGUUUAUCAAACUAAUUCAAAAGUUAUGAAUGUUUCGAAUGUUGCAUUAAAAAGUCCUUAUUCAUGUUUUAUUUGUGACAAAAAAUUUACAAAUGAUGACUUAUUAAAAGAACAUUUGCAAAAUCAUUGUAACGACGUCAAUGAAGAACAUAAUACUAUUGGUAAUGAUGAAAAAUUGUAUCAAUGUGCUAUUUGUGGUCAUGCGUUAGAUACAGAAGAGAAACUAGAAAAUCAUGUUGAACAACAUUUAUUUGAUGAUGCAGAUGAUAACCCAAGUUUAAUAACUAUAGUUCAAACUAGUAACAAAAAAAAUUCAAGUAAAAUUCAACCUGAUGUAAUACAUUCAUGUUUUCAGUGUGGUGAAAAAUUUGACACAAAUGUAAAAUUAGCAUUGCAUAUGCAAGUACACGAAGAAGAAGAGGCAAUUAUUAAAUGGCAACAGGAUGGUUUUCAAACGCAAAAUAAUUAUUACACAUGCACUAUUUGUGACAAUCCUUUCUAUAAUAAACAAGAGUUGGAUGAUCAUUUAAAUCUUCACAAUAAUGCUUCAUGUACUUGUAUACUAUGUGAUCGACCUUUUUUGACUUUGGCUGAACUCCAAAGUCAUGUUGAUACUCACUAAUUUUGUAAGAGUUUAUUUAUAUAAAAAUUACUGUUAUUUCAGUAUACUUUCAUACUUAUUUGAUUGAUCAAUGUAUAGUAUGUUACUGUUUUGUUGACACUGAAAAUAAAAUGUUAAUUAAAAAUUAACUAUGGAUUAGUAGUAGGAAAUAAACCAAUAGAAUUGAAAAUUCCAUGCAAAGGUAUAAGUUUACGAAUGCAAUCAUUUUUUUUUAUUAAGUUAUUGAGUGUAUUGAGAAUCAUUACAAAUUUCGUAAUAGUUUGAUUUCUACAUUUAAGAUUUUACAGUUUGAUAUUUUCAUUCUUUGGUAAUCGUAUAGAAUUCACGUUCGACCUGAUUUUAACCAGCAUAAAUCCAAUUUUGUAGAUAUUGCUUUGAAACAAGGUCUUUCAACAAGUACACUCCAACUUCGUUAUGAAAUUAAAUCGGCACGGUAGGAGAAAGAUUUUCGAGAAUUCGGUUCUGUCACUAUCAGACCCUGCUAUAAGACUAUCGAUGUUUUGUUUUGUAAAAAAGCGAUUUUGGGGAGGUAAUUUCAAUAAAAACAAAAAAAAAUAAGUGUACGUGUACUCAUGUACGUGCGUUAGAAGUUAUACUUCUUUGACGAAGUUAAAAAAUACUUUUUUAUUUGCAUACAAAUAAUUCAUUACAACAAAAUGAUGAAAAAUUGAAGUGACAUCCCUGAUUACAAGAAACGAUUCAAAACAAUCCAAAACGAUUCAAUUUUACUACGUACUAUAUAGACAUGCAUUCGUCAACGAGUGAAUCAUUUUGUUUAAUGAGGGAUCGUAAAUACAGUUGAUACGAUUCAAAUUCUAUCAAAUAAUUAAACUGUAAAAUCAUUUGAUAGUUGUAAAUGAUGGUGGUAAAAAUUUUGUCACAAACUUUUUCAACCGCUCUGAUAUAAUUAAGAUUAAUCGUCCGUAUUUAUUAUUUAUUGAUAUUAUAAAUUAUCAUAUUAGAUGGUGAAAGUUUUUUCUAAUUAAUUAUUUAUUAAAUAAUAUUGUAAUUUAUAAUAUCAAUAAAUAAUACGGAGAGACGGUUAACCUCAAUUAUGUUGAAACACUUAAAAAAUUUAAGUAACAAAUUUUUGACCUUCAUAUUCACAGAUAUUGAAUGAUUCCAAUGAUUUUCUCCAAUAUUCAUUAUCAAUCACUACUGUAUAUAAUCAAUAACCACAUAUAUAAUUUGUAUUUGUAUUGAAAUAAAACGUGUUGCGUAUUUAAAUACACGUAAAUAAAUAGUAUUUGCCGCUCAAACAAGUGAAUGGUCCACUACUAGUGCAGCCAGACAGGGUUGGGAAUUGACACGAGGCGCAGUUUAAAAAUAUGUCGGGCAAUAGCUUACACUUAUAAAUGCGUAACCCAUGUGAUAGUAGCGUAAAUAAAUGAACAGCCAAAACAAAAAAAUGUAUAUGUUGUCUUUGUGUACAAACGUCUCAUAUGAAAGAAAACCCCAUGAAAUUAAUGCGAAAAUCUAAAAAAUUACAGAAUAAUAAAAAUAUUAUUAUAAUUAAUAUUCAAUUACUUGAAAAAACAUUAAUGUUUCAAGUUUUUAAGAUUUAGGUUAAACUUUACAAACUUAUCUAGAAAUAUAUAAUUGUCUUUUUUUUAAAUGUAAGGAGCAAAUAUUCAUUUAAGGAGUAAUUUUGUUUAUUUUUAAUAACUUUUUCCACGCAUUUAAUUUAUCAACUUUUUCCAAAUUAUCAAAAAAAUUUUCUAAUAACACUAAACGAUUACCAGCCUCCGGAAGUAUAUAGAAAACGGCGUUUAAAUUUUUAUUUGCUUUACUUCGUAAUAUUUUUUCUAGUCAACUUUUGAAGUGAAUUUGCAUUCUAAUUCGGGUAGUAAUUUUACGUCAAAUUGUAUAGCAAGUUGUAGAUAAAUUGUCGUCAAAAACGGAAAAGUCCGAAGUUGACGGAAAUUUGACGAAUAAUUUAAGGAAAGUUUUGUGAGUAACCCUGAUAGCCACCUUAACCGUAAGUUAACUGCAAGCUACUGCUGUAUUCUAAAGGCAACUUCAAGGAAAGUGUUCGAGAGCAAGCAGUUAUCUUCAAGUUGACAAUAAAUUGUCUGUAAGCUUGAAUUCAAUUUAACAAGUGUUAUAUUACUGUCAGACAAUAACGUUAAGUUGAAUGAAAGUUUCACUUCAAAUUGACGGCAAGUUUUUCUGUCAAAUUACAUUCAGAUGACGGCAGUAGAUUUGCAUCAACUUGCACGCAAGUCUUUUCCAGCCAAGGCUUGCCGGAAACUUGUCGUUAAGUUAGCCGAAAAUGUUUCACUGCAGAACUUGCGAAGUAAUUGUAUUUAGAGUGUGGCUAUCAGGGAAACUUUUGCUAAAGCAAACUGUGCUAUUAGGGGAGUUUUAUAAUUCUAUGACUAAUUUUCUAAUGCACAUGCGCAAUGCUGCCAGAUCGUGAGAUAUCUUUGCCCCCUCCCAGCAUUAGACGACAUGCUAUUUCUCCACGGGAAGGGGAAAAAAUAUCCCACAACUGGCUGUCCUGCACAAGAGUGGUGGAAAGUCAUUUUCUUGCUGCGGCAACCGUAACAUCGAUUUUUAUAAUUAAACUUAACCAACAAGUUACUCCAUUAUCUUAGUACAACGAUUUAUAAAGUUAUCUAAUCUCUUUGAGUUGUCCAAUUUAAAUUAUUCAUGAUGUUGUCUCGAUUAUUACGACCAGUUGGUCGCAUAA